AUGCACGCGCUGCUAAACCAUAUCGCUGAGAAGGUGAAGUGCAACAAGGAUGCCCACGCACGUGCGAUGUCAGUGUUUCACAAUCGCUUCGAAUUUAUUGAGCUAUUCUUGAAUCAUCGACUUCGUGUAGUACAGCAGCAUCGGGCGCUUUCGAAACUUCUGGACAACACGAGUGCGCGAGCGGCACAAGGUGGUACUCUAAACGAAGCAGUUGUGACCAUCGACUUCAAGAUGAAAAUUGACCAUAUCUGCCACCGUAAAAAACACGGGAACAUUAUGAAGAAAAAAGUCUACUUCAAGCACACAGCUGAGUCAGAUAAGACAGGAUAA